GAAGAAAUUGAGCAUGCUCGAGGCAGCUUCAUCGGAAUAUAAUAUGACGCGGUCUUAUCUUGAUUGGCUCAUCUCAAUACCAUGGGGGGUGUCGACAGAGGAUUCGUUGGAUGUACAACGAGCAAAAGAGAUUCUUGAUAAAGAUCAUCAUGGCAUGAAGGAUGUCAAAGAGAGAAUCUUGGAGUCGAUUGCUGUUGGUAUGCUAAAGGGGACAAUCUCUGGAAAAAUUUUGUGCUUUAAUGGUCCUCCUGGCGUCGGUAAAACUUCGAUUGGCAAAGCGAUUGCAUCUGCUCUCAAUCGCAAGUUCUUCAGAUUCAGUGUUGGAGGACUUUCCGACGUGUCAGAGAUCAAGGGGCACAGACGAACCUACGUGGGAGCAAUGCCAGGGAAGUUGGUUCAGGCGCUAAAAUCAGCGGGGAGCAAUAAUCCAGUGAUCAUGCUGGAUGAGAUCGAUAAGCUUGGUAGAGGUUAUCAAGGUGAUCCUGCCUCCGCACUUUUAGAGGUUCUAGACCCUUCUCAAAACUCUGAGUUUUUGGAUCAUUACAUGGACAUAUCAAUCGAUUUAUCCAAGUGUUUUUUCAUCUGCACGUCAAAUGAUCUGAGCACAGUCCCUGAUCCUCUCAAGGAUCGAAUGGAGAUCAUUCAGGUCUCUGGUUAUGCUAUUCAAGACAAAAUUGCUAUCGCCAUGAAUCAUCUGCUUCCUAAGGGACGAGAGGAAAUGGGUCUUACAGCUGAAAAUAGUCAAAUUCAGCCAGACGCGAUGGUCGCAUUGAUAAACAAAUACUGCAGAGAGCCAGGCGUAAGAAACCUUCAGAAGCAAAUCGAAAAGUUGCUCCGUAAAAUAUCGUACAAAAUCGCCACGAAGGAGUGCGAUAAGGUGGAGGUCACAUGUGAGAAUUUGGAGUCGUUCAUAGGCGCACCACUCUUCCCCAAAGACAAGAUCUUUGAAACAACUCCAGAGGGAGUUGUCAUGGGUCUUGCAUGGACCUCGCUGGGGGGAUCAACUCUGUUCAUUGAAUGCCUGCAGGUAUCAACAGCUGAAAAAGGAAAUCUUCAGAUGACCGGCAAAAUGGGCGAGGUCAUGAAAGAAAGUGCAGAAAUCUCAUACUCAGUCGCAAGAAAGUUUCUAUCAAGAGCUUCCCCUGAAAAUAAUUUUUUGGAGAAGAACAUUGUCCACCUUCACAUACCAGAAGGCGCUGUGCCGAAGGAUGGGCCGUCGGCUGGCAUUACCAUGGUAACUGCCUUACUUUCCUUGGCGAUGAACAAGAAGAUUGAGAAGAAACUGGCGAUGACGGGGGAGGUAACGCUGACGGGCAAAGUCCUCCCUGUUGGAGGCAUCAAGGAGAAAGUGCUUGCUGCACAGCGUGCAGGAGUGGAACAAGUUAUCAUUCCCAUCGACAACAAACGUGACUGGGAGGAGCUGGAUGAGCAGAUCAAAGAGAACAUGCAUGUCUCCUUCGCUUCUACAUAUGACGAUGUGUACCAGACAGUCUUCGGCAGUAAUUGA